AUAACAUAGUUUUUAAUUUUAAACUAUGCGUUUGCAAAUAUUUCACAAGUAAUUAUGAUCAAUCUUCCUUUUUAGGAAUUCAUUUUUUAUAAUUAUAACCAAUUAUAUUAAAUUUACUCACUUUUGUAUCCCAAUCAGCGGGUGUUUUUCUUCUUCAUCUUUCAAUACCUGAAAGCUUUAAAGCCAUGGAUCUUAAUCCUAAGAAGCGAAGUGAGAGGAAGAAAGCCACCCCUCCAGUGGAAGAUCUGCUUGGAAAAGGGAUGGGUCUAUUAUGGAAAGCAUAUCUUAAAAACAUCACCCUUUAUAUUGCUAUUGCUGCUGUUGCUGCCACAAUGCAACAAGCGGGGAAAUGUUGGCAAGGCUCUAUGCUAAUCAUUCUUGCACUCAGACAACUAUACUUCGUGGACAGUGAUGGACGAGGAGGGUAUACCAAUACUGCAAGAAAAAUCAAACCUUUGAAGACAGUUUGCGGAUUCGAUUUGGUGGGUUGUUGUAAUGGAUUGUUAUGCAUAUCCAUUCCUAAGUAUUACCAUUCGAAGCAAGUUCGUGUUUUGCAGAUUUGCAAUCCUCUCGUUACGGCUUCGAAUUCAAUAGAGUUGCCUGUCCCAAAUCGGCUUGUGAACCAAAGGGAAAUCUUUGGAUUUGGGUUUCAUCAAAGGAGUAGAGAAUUCAAAGUCAUCAGGAUUGUGUUCUAUGAGCUGAUCAUGACAGGGCGAAGAGAAAGAGUGACUGUCCACAAGUCGGAGGUCCAGGUGUUGACGGUUGGAACAACAGAAUGGAGGAAGAAGGGAGCUUCCCCGUAUAACUUUGAAUUAAAACCACCGGAGGCUCUGGUGGAAGGGUCUCUUCAUUUGGCGGUUCCAUACUUCAACUACCACCACCGCGUCAUCUCCUUUGAGCUGGCGGAGGAAGUUUUCAAGGAAAUCCCUUUGCUUGACUGUAUUGAAGAAUAUUAUUCUGGUUAUCAUCUUUCUGAACUUAACGGCUGUCUUACCGUUGCUGGAUUGCCGACUAGACAUCUGGGUGAUGAAGGAGAACAAUGUGAAGGAAUCUUGGGAGAAAGAAUACUGUAUCAACCACUAUGUUCCUCUGUUCCUCUGUUCUUCUUCUUCGAUGGGCAGAAUGGAAUGAAUGGGGACGUUGUGCUGGAGUGUAACAAGAGAGCCCUGGUUUCUUCUGAUCCUAAAACUGACGGGUUCAAGGCUCUAAAGAUCAACAGGCUCCCGCAGCAGUUCCAAGCUUUUGCUUUCCAGCCUACUCUGUUCUCUGUAAGGGAAACCGUUGAAAUGAAGGUUUGAUAUAAUCUUCACAAGUCUUCCUUAGUGUAUGAAUAUAUAAUUUCCUCUGUUUUACAGUUGCUUGAAGUCACACCAAAGAGAAUACUGCCAGGUUUCAGUGUACAAUUUUGUUCUUAAGAAAUUGACGAUUUGAGG